AUGUCACUGUCGAGAUCUACAUCUCAUGGCAGUAGUUCUUGCAGUUCAGUCAUCAAAGCACUUCGAUGGCUAUUGAAAUCAGCAGAGGUUGGAUGUUUACAGGUGGUGCAUUCAGUUCUUAUUGGAACCUUUCUGAACCAGAAGGUGCCCAGGGAUAGGAAACAAGCACCUCCUCUGCCUCUGUGGGCAUUGGUGCAGUGGGAGCGUCGUGUGCUCAUGUCCAACUGCACGGUAUUAGAAAUCAUUCUACUGGGUACAUUUUUAUUGAUGGCCUGGGGAUCCCUUCGUUUUUCCGAUGCGCAAAGGUUAGACCUCCAAAAGAUCAUCUAUCACGAUGGUACCAUGCGAGGGGUGAUAUGGCGCUCCAAGACAGCAGUCAGCGGCAUGCCCCUAGCAGUGGCGGCGGAGGGUUUCCUCAGCAAAGGCUCCCACAACUGGCUGUGGAAGUUCUUGACAGUUUUGGAUACGGUAUUGGCCAAAUCAGGCCUCUCCGAUGUUGAUUUUCUUCUUCCACUGAUGGAUGAGGAUGGACCAGUUUAUCCAUUGCAACCGAUGGAUUAUGCUACAGCGUUAUUUUACCUACGGAAAUUUUUGGGUUGCCCCUGGAGUCAACGACCAGACCCCUUGCAGCAUUUGAAGUUGAACUUCACUUUGCACUCCCUCAAAGCGACAUUAUUGUCGUGGGGACCCCAGCUGCAUGAGAAAGUGACCCCUGAACAGCGUUUGUCUCAGGGACACCAUUCGGAUCCCAAUAGCAGUUUGGACACAUACUCACGUGACGUGGUGUGGACGUCCUUGACGUAUCAGCGCAAGAUGAUACAAGAGGUUCAGAGUGGAUGGCGUCCAGCCAUUGCCCAGCAUCGGGGUAGAAUGGUCGUCUUCUACUCCUUUGUCGGCAUUCCAAAAGGCGUGCCUCCGUACGGCAUUUCAGCGAUGAAACAAAAAUUCAUGGCCAACUAUCCAUCGGAGUUGAUCCAUGCAGACCUUUUUCCGUCGACCAGAUUAGUGAGCCUGGUUCAUGACCAGCUCUCCAAGAAGGUUUGGAAAUGGGUGCCAUGGAAGUAUCGCAUCUCGCUCACCAGGUCAGAGGAGAUUUCUAGCAAUCGAGCUCAGAAGAUGCCAAAAAUUGACCACUUGGGGUUACACUCCUUAUUAUUUGAUGAUCCUCCCUCAAUCGACGUGUCCAACAACGCCAUGGGGGUGAACUCGAUUCGCAAUAUGCUCGAAGUUCAUGAUCGGGCCAUUGCCUUGUGCCAAGGCGCUCACCUCGCCAAUCUCAAGGCCUAUACCCACAAAUUCAUCGGGUUUUUGACCGCCAAGUAUGAUGGAGAUUUACGUAGCCCCAGUGUAUUGGAGGCUCAACAUGCGGACCAAAAAAUUUGGACAGUCAUUGCCGAGCUCAUGGAACGAGGCAAAGGCCAAGGGAAGUCAAAGGGCAAGCAGAAUUCCGGGAAAUCCAAGGGCAAGGUCCAAUGGCUCACGGAGAUUCAACGGGAUGGUGGCUUCAAGCAACUCUGCAUGCGAUAUCAGGUUGACUCCGUAGCGACUCUCCCAGUGCAUGACGUGGACCCAGUUCAAGACUUCGCUCCACCUAGUGAUAGUUUUACCCGGGGCCGUUUGUCCCAACCAGAGCAGGCGAAUGCGGAAACAGAUAUCACUGCCACCGAUCUGUUGCGUGUCGCAUCCAGUGGUCAGGUUGGUUAUGGAGCGGCCAGCCCUUCCUGCUGUGAAUACAGCAGACUCAAACUUCGAGAUGAUGACGGUCCCAAGGCUCUACGAUCACCAGAGCACUUGUCCGGUCUGCCCAAUCUCACACCCUGGGAGCUGCAACGUGUCCAAGAGAGCUUUAUGAUGCUCUCUCGCUGCGUUGAGGUCCUCACCCUGGUUUUUCAAGCAGGCGGGCACGUCCACCUUGAACAACCCUUGAACGCCAUGUCAUGGUUAGAGAAGGUAGUACGCCAAUUUCUGCAAUUGAUUGGGGCUUCCUGUAUCAACGUGGCAGCUUGCGCCUAUGAGAUGGAUAUUUACAAAGCUUGGAUGUUUGCCUCGAGUUUUACCGGUCUUCGACCAUUAGGUCUCCGAGACGAUUCUGGUGCUUUUGCCAGUAGGGCGACGGCACAAUACCCACAGAAACUGGCACAAUUGUUUGCCAAUCUUGUGGCCCCAUUACUGGACACAUCAGGGUUGGACCUCCAAUGGUCAUAUUUGGAUGCCCUCAUGCCCACCAAGCAACUGUCGGAGUAUCCAUUUUCGCAAAUCGAUGGGGGUGGAGCUUUUUCCCACCCGGACUGGAGUCAGGAUAAUCGUCAAGAACACGACUGGUUCAAGACUCUGCGUACUUCGUGGAUGAACAGGAUCAUCUCUGAGCGGUUGGAUAAGAUCCUACUUGCGCAUGUGGCUUCGGGCAACCCGUCACCGCCUUUUUCGGGGGAAAUCCUGACCCCAUUCAAGGCUGAUCUGGAGCAAUUCUUGGAGGCACAUGGACAUACACCAGAUUGGUCAGUUCGACAACAUCAACCAAUACAUCUUCAUAUUUUACAUUCUUUCCAAAAGAUUAUGCAUGACGUCGAUUUUACAUUAUUGCCCAGUCUAUUAGAAGGUGUUCGAACUGGUUUUUCCACAGCGAUUCCUCCGUCGGGUAUUUUUCCACCCAAAGAACGUACGGACAUAGAACCCGAUCCAUUGUCAGCUCACCUUUCCAACUGGCAGAGCGCUGAAGAAGAUCUACCACUCACCCGCGAACUGGUUCAGGAAGAAAUUGACAAGGGUUGGGUGUUUCCGUAUAAAGGUUCUUUGGAAGAAGCACAACAAGAAUAUCCGGCCGGAGUUGCUAUUGGAAAAUUGGGCGUGGCUCGCUCGGAUAGUCGAGCCCCCCGAUUAGUUGUAGACUCCAGCGUAUGCGGCCUCAACGGUCGGUGUAUCAUACCUGAGAGGUCCACCCUCCCGACUGCCAAGGAGGUGUUACGUAGCUACCCUCUACGUCAGUGUCAUAGGAAUCUAAUGGGCUUUUCUUUAGACGUUAAGGCUGCUCAUAAAAGAAUAGUUCUUCAUCCGGACGAAUGCGGAUUGGUGGGCUUUUCGCUAGAGGGACAGCUUUUCUUCUAUAGAGUUACCCCAUUUGGUGCAGUUUUCUCUGCCUUUUGGUGGGCGAGAUUGGGUGGCCUCCUUCUCCGUAUCUUUCACCAUUUGAUCUGGUUGAGUCACGCUGGAUUUCUAUAUGUGGAUGACUUCUUAUUCUUUAUGGAAGCCAACAUGAUGCCGCUGUCAGCCACAUUGUUGUGUAUUUUCUGCCAGCUUUUGGAAAUUCCUAUCAGCUGGAAGAAGACGGCCAUGCACUCUUCCAUUGACUAUAUUGGCUGGAAAUUCAAUUUCAAUGCAGGUAUCGUGACAAUCCCCAUUGAAAAGAUCCUCAAACUCUGA